CUGAGCUUGCAUCUCCGCUAUGGCAGGAGACAAUGAAAGAGGACACAGAUCAUGUCAAGCUGCAGCAGUCAUAUUAAUCCUGUGCACUUUGGCCCAGAGUUUAACUUGUUUUAGCUUGAGAGGGCUGGGCAAAAACAUGCAGCAGGACAGGGUAGCUAAUGAGGCCACAGUGAUCGAUGUAAGGACAGGAAGAGUUAUCUUAAAUGGGAAAGAUGUUAGCUCCCAGUCAGGAUCUGCAUCUGCUGCUGCCGCAGGAAAUGACGGAUUGUUGCGUGUUGACUCUGAUCAAUCAGAUGGCGCAGGGACGUUGGAGCAGAUGUCACAGCUUGAGGACAGCAUGGCCAAAGAAGCAGCAUGGAGGCGCUUGAAUCCUUCCCUGCACUGCGGGCAAAGCAAGAUGAAGCUGAAAGCCAUGGGACCCGGAGCUGCUGACUUACAGAUAGACAUGGGCAAUGCACGUCCCCUGCCUUUGAUCCAGGUGCCUGAAACCUGUGGCUAUUCAAUGCGGCAAAAUGCACUGGGCCUCAUUUUGGUUGUCCCCUAUGAUGGCUGCAAUGUGAUACAAGAGGAUGGGAAUUACGUGUUGCCAAUGACCUGGCUGGAUACACCAGUUAAAUUUGCCUGCCCCAUGUUGACAAGUUCUGCUACAACACCUCCUCCAACUGCCCCUGAGCCUGCACAGCAGCCCUGGAAACUUCCCUCUCCUCCUAUGCCCAGUGGCCUGAAUCGUCACAAGCGUCAAGCAACCCAGCCCCUCACCAUGUACGAUUCGAGCAGCGCAUAUUAUGCCUAUUGGUAUUACUACUAUUACAUGUACAUGAUGAGACAGACACCAGCACCAACCCCUGGAGCUGCUACAACUACUGCUGAGCCUGACAAGACCACUGUAACUACCAAGCCAUCUACAGAGAAACCUCCUGUAUAUCCAUACUAUCCCUAUUACCCUUAUUACCCCUACUACCCCUACUACCCUCUUCCAAAUAUCCCAGUGACGACUACGACUGCCAAACCCACGACAGCCAAGAUGACGACCGCAACAGUGUCAGCGGCAAGCACAACAGUGUCUGCAACAACCACCAAGACUACUCCAAAACCACAAAUCCCUUACUACCCUCCAUAUUAUCCUUAUCCCUAUCCCUUCUACCCUCCAGCAGGACAACACAUGCCUAACAAUACUGACAUUUACUACUAUCCAGUCAUCCAGCAUUAUUAUGGAAAGCCUCCAUACCCACAAAAUCCAAAUAAACCCACGGAAACCACUCCGGCUCCAACUCUCACAACUGCUAAGCCGGGUGACUCAAAUCCUACAAAGAAGCCAACAACUACCUCCACUACUACUACCACUCCUACCACAACUAAAAAGUGUUCCAGUACAACAAAACCCAGCAGUGGCGUCUAUCCAGGCCUAGUGAGUGACUUUGUUCCUUACUUCCAGCUCCCCUUUAAUCCAGAAGUUUCAUAUGCCAAGGCUGGUAAACUUCCAGGUGACCAGAAGUACAUGCCUCAAGCUGGCUACAAAUCUGGACCCCAGGCUCGAGCACAUCCACAUCCAGGCUUCAACUACUGGCAACCCGUGCCCUGGUUUCCACACCCAACAGGCAAAGACAAUCUCCCAUUUGACUUGAAGAAAUCUACGCCUUAAACACUCUGAAUAAAUGGAGCUGGAGUCCUGUGAUACUGAGCACUCAAUAAACACUGUUUUACUCA